GUCUGGCCCGUUUCGUAUUGUUUGCUUUCAAAACAAAAAUUAUAUUCUCAUAUAUUUAAAAAAAAAUUGAUGUAAAAUUAAAAAAGUGUAUUUUUUUUACAAAGUUGAAAUAAAACCUACAAACGAGAAUACUUUGUGCAGAAUGGCAGGUUCUAUUGAAGAAUUGAUUAAAAAUCUUAAAGAUAUUUCUUUAGAAAGUGAAGAGGAGAAAGCAAUAGAAAUAAUAAAACAUUUAUAUAAAAUCGAAGUCAACAAAUUGGAAAAUUACGAUUUUGUAGAAACGUUUUUACCGCUACUGCGGCUGCAAUCAAAAUCUUUACUUACGGAAGUUGCAAAAUGUAUCGCUGAAAUGACAAAAAAUGAGCCACAACGAAAAAAAUUCACGAAUAAAGAAAUUAUCGAGUUACUUAUUAGAAAUUUACAUAACUUGGAAGAAAAUUUUGAAAUUGAGCCGAUAAUACAGGUAUGUCGUGCUCUUGGUAAUAUUUGCUAUUUAAACGAUGAAGGUCGGUCAUUUAUAUUAAGUUGCAAAGGAGAUGAAGAUUUGAUUAAGUUGUUAAAUGUUGAAUUGAAAGAAGUAAAUAAAACGAACGAAUGUCAAUUUAUAAAAGUACGUGGUGGCCUUAUAUCAAAUUAUUUACUAGGAAACGAGAAUUUAGCAAAACAUGCUAUGGAUUUAAAUAUAAUGAAGUAUAUCGAACAUAUAUUUGAUAAUUCGGUGAAAAAUGUUGAAGAAAAUGAAAUUUUAUUAUUGAACACCUUACCAAUUUUGAGUAUAUUAACUGAAAAUGUCGCAGAUUUGAAUUUUAAUUCAAAAUUAAAUAUUCAAUUAGCCGAGAUAUUGGCAGCUUCCACCAACCCCGACUUAGCUGAACUAUGCCUGGAACUUCUUCAUUACCAAGCUGAAAACGACGAAGUAAAAAUAUUGUUGGCUAAAAGUGGUUUGUGUGAAACAAUUUACAAACUUUUAGAAACAUACAAAAAUCUUGCAAGCAGUAAUGAAGCAAAAGCUCUAAUGAAAUUAGCUUGCGAUUUAAUAGUGUUAAUACUUACUGGAGAUGAAGCAAUGAACUAUUUAUAUUCAACUCCUUUACUGAAAGACAUGGAAAAUUGGCUUGAUUCUAGCGACACGGACCUAUUGACAACUGGAGUUUUAGCAUUGGGCAAUUUUGCCCGUACUGACAGUCAUUGUAUAUAUAUGGUGGAGAAUAAAGUUAUGCAUAAACUUUUAGAUAUUUUAGCUAAAAAUAACAGUGCAGUUGAUGACAUAAGGUUGCAACAUGCACUUUUAAGUGCAUUACGUAAUUUGGUGAUUCCAAAACCUAAUAAAAAUGCUAUAAUUGAAGCUGGUUUAGUGCGUACAAUAUUACCAAUGUUACAAAUACAUCAACCACCGGUUGUUUUUAAAUUAUUAGGUACUCUAAGAAUGACUGUAGAUGGACAAGAACUUCUUGCCACAGAACUAUUACAAAAUGAGGAAUUGAUAAAGCAACUUGUACAUUGGAGUAAGUCCUCGGAUUAUGCAGGCGUAACUGGUGAGUCUUUACGAUUGAUGGCCUGGUUGAUAAAACAUGCAUAUUUAACAAAAGCAACUAUGGAAACAUCUGAAAUAAAAGAAGUUAAUGUUUCAAUUGAUGAUUCCCUUUGCCAAUCCUUACAAAGAUCUGAGAGAACAAGUUUAGAAAAGUUUGUAAAAAUAAACGGAGCGGUUGAAAGUAUGGUUAACAUGCUAACUUCUCAACAUUUAGUAAUGCAAAACGAAGCAAUUAUUGCUUUGAUAGUUCUUUCUAUAAUGUUUCCUGCAGCAAGCAUGACUGAAGAAACAAGCCCAUCAAAUUCCGUUUCUGACAUUAAUCUAGACGAAAUUUACAUUCAGUGUAAAUUAGGUGCACAGCUAGCGGAAUUUCUUCAGCGUACGUCAGAAAGUAUGACAAAAGAAAUAAUUGAAAAUGUUCAAAAAUUAGUUUCUUUGUUGAAAAAGUAUGAAAAACUUGUAACACACUUAGAAGAAAAUAAAAUUGAUGUGCUAUUAGGUUCAAUACCUAUUUUAACAGAGUAUUGUACUUUAUAAGAUUAUAUUUAAAAGAGUUCGCAUUGUUUACGUUUCAAGAUAAAAUUUAGUUUGAAUGAAUGUACAAUGGUUUUGAAGAAGGUUGUAAAAAUGUGGUUGUUCACAGAAUUAAUGUGAAAAUUGUCAAGACAAAUGGAAAGUUUAUCGAAACAAAUGGAAAAUUUUUGAGUAGUAAUUUUUCAUAGAAUACAUUGCACAAAUAUUUAUAAAUAAUAUUUUUAAUAAUACGAUCUACACACUUUAUAUUUAAUUUUGAAUUAUUUAGGCUACAAUUUUACUAUUAAUAUCAUAUCAGUUUUAUUAUCAAUAUGAGUAAGUAAGCCCAUUAAAAAUAAAUGUUUAAACAGAUAUUUUUGAAAGCCAUUAGCCAAACAUUAAUGCUGGGUAUAAAAAGUAUAGAAUUAUAACUAAUUUUGAAGAGUUGUAACUUGCUCAAAAUUUGGAUUACUUUCAAGUUUGUGGUUUAGUUAGUAUGUGUUUUAUAUUAAAAUAUUAAAUUGAAAAAUACUGCAAUUUACAAUUUAUAAUUGCAAAAAUUAAAGAAUGCAAAAAUAUCAAUAUUUCAAUUCAAUUUUUUUGAGAAUUUGAGAUGAAAUCGUACACGAAAAAAAUAUAAAUUUAAAAUUGAAUUUUUUUUUUUUAAGUUUUCGGUAUUCACUUAGGAAAAUGAAGAUAAAAAUGGUUUAAUAAUUCUUUAAAUCAAAUUACAUUUUUCAAUUUAAAUAAUUUCAAUUAGUCACUUUAUGCUUCUUUACAUUUAAAAUAUUUUAAUGUUCUAAUAGUUUUUAACUUGCAUAUAACCAAUCGUUUCUUUUUUUUUUGAAGUUCAAUAUUUUUCAAAUAGAAAUCGGGACCAAGCAAAUAUAAUACUGUACAAGUUAUUUACUCUCCUAAUCCAAGAAAACAAUAUUUUUCUGUUAUUAGUGAACGUACAUUAAUUACGUGCAUAUAAGAAUACUAGUUGUAUAAAAUAAUUCAAAAUAAAUUUACUUUUGUAGUCUAAAUAAAUUUUAUAAAAUUCAAGUCCAUCAAAGUAAAAAAUACAAUAAAACAAUAUAAAAGUAUAAAAAUACAAUAAAAUAAUAUAACAAAAAUUUAUUUUAUGUGAAUUUUGAAGUACUGCCCAAAAAAUUUAAUAGACUAUAUAAAAUCGCUUUUUAUACUAUU